CGCAGGUCUCGCGAUGCUCAGCGUGGGAGAUUCUUAGAUUCAAACUUUGUGAAGCGCUAAACUGAGGCUAAGGACGAAGUUUCAAAUGUAUUUUGUUGAUCUCCUUUAAAAACUGCCGAAUUUGAGUGUAACCAAGAGAACGACUCGAGAUGUCCGGAGCACUGGAGUCCGCGGAGGAGGAGAUUCAGAGGUUGAGGAGCCGGCUGAAGGAGAGCGAGGAGCAGGUCCAGCAGGCGGCUCACGCGGGCCUGGACCUUCUGAACCAGCAGGUGGAGCUGCAGACCCAACUGGAAGAGCAGAGGGUGGAGAUGACCAACACUAUAGAGAUACUGGAGCAAGACAAGUUUUCUCUUAAGAGGGAGGUAGAGCUGAGGGUUCGAAUGCUCGAAUCGCUCAAGUCUGAAUACGACUCUUCAAACGACCAGCACACCCAACACCUUCACCAUCAAGAAGAACGUUUAACACAGGCUCAUAACACGGAGGUCCACGUUCUGAAAAAUCAGAUCAUAAACCUGCAGGCUGAUCUAGGAGAAGCUCAGUUAAAAGAGAAACAACUGAAACAUAAACUGGAGGUCAUGACGGAAACCCUCAACCUCAAGCUGGACGAGCUACGGUCCCUGAACGAGCAGAAGCUGGACACCAUCUCCUCUGAGCUCACGGAGAUGCAUCUGAGCAGACUGGAGCUGCAGAGCAUAAAGGCCGAACUGGCCUUGUCGCUACAGGAAGCCCAGUACAAAGAGCAGCAGCUGGACCUCACCAACAGGAGUCUGAAGUGUCAGCUCCUGCAGUUCAAAGAGGAGAAGGAAGAGAGGGAGAAGGAGGCUGUUUCCUGGUUCAACGCACUGGGGAAAUCCCGUCAGGUUAACCUGGAGCUGCAGGUACAGUUGGACCAGGCACAGCAGCAGGCCCAAGACCCCAACAGCAAAGGAAAUUCACUGUUCGCUGAAUUGGAGGACAAACGUGCUGAGAUGGAGAAGAGACUGAUCAGUAUGAAGAUCCAGCAUCAGUCUCUGCAGAAACAGCACGGCUUCAGCAAACAACAGCUACACCGCAUGAAGGUCCAGAUAGCCACCCUGAUGCAGCUGCAGGGCACAAGAGCUGACCCAGCCCAGCUAGAGAGACUCCAGUCCAUGCUCACUGAGAAGAAUGAGGAGAUCCAUAAUCUGGUCAUUAAACUCCAGAGACUGGAGAAAUCCGAGAUGCUGUUAAAGUCUCAGCCAUCUGUGCCUUCCCGGUCAGACGUGGAUAUCCAAGAUGAGACCUACUAUACCGACCUUCUCAAAUUGAAGCUCAACAAUUCUGUCAGAGACGCAGAACGGCUGGGAGAUGAGCUUUCCCUCCAACGGAUGAAGUCUUUGUCAGAGAGUCAAAGAGCUCUUGAAUUGGAGAGAAAAUUAUAUUCAUCAGAACAGCUGCUGAAGCAGGCUCGGAGUGACAAAAUUAAACUGCAGUUAUGUGUGGAGGAGCUGCGAUACAAAUAUGAGCCUAAUGAAUGUAAUAAAAAUAAUACCCAGAGGCGAAAGCGGGAAAAGCUUCCUGUUGGAGUUAUCAAGAAUGAGCCAAAUGAGCAUUCAAACUAUGACAAGACGGCUAAACUAGAGCCUCCUCCCACCCUCAGUGGGGAGAACCAACACGUGGCCAUUCUCCGCCAGAUAGACAUGCAGCCUACAGAAGAUCGAAAGUCAGAGGCCCCCCCAGCCAAGUGUGCAAGGAUCGGUGACAUGCCUCCAGUUGAGAUUCCCAACACUCCAAGUUCCCCAAUGAUGGCAGAGAAAGAGGAGAAGAAAAUCCUGAAAGAUGAGGGAGAUUUGUUUUCCAGAGAGGUUGAUAGGGACGAAGACGGAAGAAAGAAGAACUCAGUAGAAAUAAUCCAUGUUCGCUCAAAGAACUGCCCGGAAGACCAGUGUUCCCAGCAGUAGAACUGAAACCCUUUCACACUUGUGUGUUCCAAAAUUUUCCAUCUGUCUUUUUCUUAUUAUGUUAUGGAAACUACUCUCCUUUCUUUUUUAUUUUCUUUUUUACAUUUUUUUAAUUGGGUUCCUUGUGCAAUAUGUGUGUUUUUUCUAUUCUCUAUUAAAAUUGUAUUUUAAACCUG